AUGGACAUGAGAAGUCACAAGAUGCAAGAAGAGAUGUUUGCAAUAGAAACACGCAAUUGCAAACAGGUGUGUAAUGGAAAGACGGCUUUGCAAGAGCUUCGUAGUGCAAAGUCGUGUUGCCAAGAGUCGUGCAAGGGAGGGAACUGGACAUAUGAAGUACGACUUUCCAAGAGGGACGACCUCAAGGGCUAUACGCUAACUCACCACCGUAACAUUGCUACCUACUAUGGUGCUUUCAUCAAGAAGUCACCGCCAGGGAAAGAUGACCAGUUAUGGUUGGUGAUGGAAUACUGUGGUGCAGGGUCAGUCACAGACCUGGUCAAAUCGACCAAGGGCCAAAGCUUAAAGGAAGAAUGGAUUGCUUACAUCUCGCGUGAAAUUCUCCGCGGCUUAGCCCACCUGCACUCCAACAAGGUUAUCCACAGGGACAUCAAAGGCCAAAAUGUUCUCCUCACAGAUAAUGCAGAAGUAAAGUUAGUUGACUUUGGUGUUAGUGCCCAGCUUGACCGAACAAUAGGCAGAAGGAACACUUUCAUCGGAACCCCUUACUGGAUGGCCCCUGAGGUUAUCGCCUGUGAUGAAAAUCCAGAAGCCACAUAUGAUAACCGCAGCGAUCUGUGGAGUUUAGGUAUCACAGCUUUAGAAAUGGCCGAAUCACAGCCUCCGCUGUGUGACAUGCAUCCGAUGCGAGCCCUAUUUCUGAUCCCUCGCAACCCCCCUCCCCGCCUCAAGAGUAGUAAGAAGUGGAGCAAAAAGUUUCACUCAUUCAUUGAUAGUGUGUUGGUGAAAGACUAUCACCAGCGAACUUACACAGAUCAACUGUUAAAGCAUCCAUUCAUUCGGGACCAGCCAACAGAAAGACAAGUACGAAUUCAGCUCAAAGAUCACAUAGACAGAUGCAAAAAGCACAAGCAGAAAGCAGAUCGUGAAGAAUCCUUUAACUACAGUGGAUCAGAUAAUGAGGAGGAGGAAACGACUCAGGCUGGCGAACCCUCGUCCAUUGUUCAGGCACCGGCUGGAGACACACUCAGACGCAACUUCCAACAAAUCCAGGAACACCAGCGCAAUGGAGGCAAGAAGGACAAGGAGGAGAUCCCUGACCCAGGUCCCCCAGCCAGACCGGCCCUCCCUAUGCGCAUGCUGGGGCAGGAGCCUCCCCCACCCCAACGCCCCCUGCCUCCCCCUCCACAGGGCAGAGAUCAUCAUCAAGCACAAGGACACAAGCCGGCGACUCCCCCACAGCACCAUCCCAGGGACCACCGCGACCACCGUGACCAUAGGGAACACAGGGAACACAGAGACCAGAGGGACCAACGCAAUGCCCACAUGAUGAAGCAACCGCAGCCGGCCCAAGCACAGGCCAGAAAGCCCGAGCCUCACCCUCGAAAACUGGAGGACUUGGACAUGCUUGCUCAACACCUGAGUGAACUUGUGGUCGUCUCGGGCCAUGUCCCAAACGACCGAGAAAGAAGCGAGCGGGAGCGAGCAGAGAGAAACGAGAGGGAGCGCGCCGACAGAAACGAGCGGGAGAGACAAGACAGAGCCGAAAGGGACAGGGAGCGAGCAGAGAGAGACCGGGAGAGGGAGCGCGAGCGAGAGAGAGACCGGGAACGCGAAAGGGAGCGCGAAAGGGAGAGGGACAGAGAAAGGGAGAGAGAGCGUGAGCGCCGAGAACAAGAUAGGAGUCGCCAGAAUGGUGGAGGUAGUAAACAUGACUCCCCUGCACCUCCGGCAGUUAUAGAGGAUGACUCCAGUGAUGAAGAUGAAGAAGGACGUGUACGAAAUGAUGGAACUCUUCUGGCUUCAGAUCCACCAAAGCCUCUGUUCGACUAUUCCACUUUCAGGCCUCCAGAGGGCGCCCUUCCUCAUACAGCAUUACAAGGACCUCCUCCAAAUAGACCCCUUCCACCCACGCCAGAUGACGACGACUCAGGAGAUCGGACGCUGAUCAUGCGCAGGCGUCAGUCUGAUGCAGAGCAACAUGCGCUAACCACUCAAGUGGAGAACGCCCCCAACAAUAUCACCAGUAACCCUGAUUGUCAACAGAAUCAGAUCCUAGCUGAAAAUGCCUCUGCACGAAGUAGCAAGUCCCACGAAGGAGGUAGUGCUAAGAGUGAAGUCAGUCAUGAUAAGAGAAGAGCUGACAGAGACAUGGCUAAUGGCCUUGAUCGCAGACCAUCUCAGGAACAAAAGCUUUCCCAGCGGAAUUCUCACCAGCUUGGACGGCAGUCGAGUGAUGGCGACUCAAGCCAAAGAGCCCACAGAAGAAAUGAGUCAGACUCUAGACUGGGUUUAUUACGGAGACAACACACAGAUGUGGCCCUUGCUCGCCGUUCAGAUGUGUACCGCAACAGCAAAGUGGAAAUAUCCUUCCCUGCCAGCCGGUCCGAUGUGACAUCUAGUGUGGCAGGAGAACCUGUCCUUACAGACUUCAUUCCUGUCACUGGUGAUGAACGCCAACGAUCAUCUGGUGAGAGUGGACGUCCAGAAUUGCGACGUCAGGUGUCCUUGGAUGGAGACCUUAGCUCUGCUGGUGGUUCUGGUAGAGAACCCCCAAGACAUGAGUGGAACCAACGCAGAGAAAAGACAGAUGUGGAUUUGCGACGUGCUGAGCUGCGGAACGAGUUGGAGCGAUGGCGUGUGAAUCCUCAGGAAGGACGUAGCCGAGACAGUGUGAGCAGCCAACAGUUGCCAGCCCACCAGGAUCGGUCUCGUGUGGCAGAGCCCUCGUCUGGAAUGAGCACACCUGGUUCGCGCACGUCCUCAGUUCUUCCAGAUCUCUUGCCACAAGCAUCCAAUAGUCCUAAUGGAUCACGCCACGACAAGUCCACUAGUGAAGAGUACCGACAAGCAGUUGGUAAGGGUACUCCUCCUCAACUUCAGAAAAAACAGCUGUCUUUCAUGGCCUUCGGUUUCGGUGCUGGAGGAACGGGUCCUGGCAGGCGAGAGUCCCAUAUCAACAUCAAUGUAGCUCCUACGUCGCAUGAAAUCAACGACACCCCAGAAAUUAGGAAAUACAAGAAGAGAUUCAAUUCUGAGAUCCUUUGUGCUUCUCUAUGGGGAGUUAACUUGCUGAUUGGCACCGAAACUGGUCUUAUGCUCCUCGACCGGUCUGGUGUAGGUAAGGUGUACCAGCUAAUCUCUCGGCGAAGGUUCCAGCAAAUGGAGGUGCUCUCUGACCAGAACAUCUUGGUAACCAUAUCUGGGAAGAAAAACCGCGUGAGAGUCUACUAUCUCUCUUGGCUCAAGUCCAAGAUCCUUCGCACAGAUGCUCAACAAGUCGAACGUCGCAAUGGCUGGAUCAACGUAGGAGACCUUCAUGGGGCAGUUCAUUUCAAGAUUGUCAAAUAUGAGCGCAUCAAGUUCCUGGUCAUCGCCUUACGUGACUCUAUUGAAAUUUAUGCAUGGGCUCCUAAACCUUAUCACAAAUUUAUGGCAUUUAAGAGUUUUGGUGAGUUGGUCCAAAAGCCUUGCCUCGUAGAUCUGACAGUGGAGGAAGGAUCCCGACUCAAAGUGGUGUACGGCUCUAACCAAGGAUUCCACGCUGUCGAUGUUGACUCUGGACAAGUUUAUGAUAUAUAUAUCCCUAAACAUAUCCAAGGCAGUAUCACACCACACACGAUAGUGACAUUACCCAAUAGUAAUGGUCUACAACUACUUAUCUGCUAUGACAAUGAAGGAGUUUAUGUAAACACAUAUGGAAAGGUGACAAAGAACAUGAUGCUGCAAUGGGGUGAAAUGCCAACGUCUGUAGCCUUCAUUGGCACAGGCCAGAUCAUGGGCUGGGGUAACAAGGCUAUUGAAAUCCGGUCAGUGGAGACCGGACACCUUGAUGGAGUCUUCAUGCACAAGAAGGCACAGAAGCUGAAGUUCCUCUGUGAGCGUAAUGAUAAGGUAUUCUUCUCAUCAGCAAAGGGAGGAUCGUCGUGCCAAAUUUACUUUAUGACGCUCAACAAACCUGGCAUGGCAAACUGGUAGAUGAGUCACCAGUGUGUACUGUAGAUAACUGGUAACCCAUCACCAAAGGGAAUGUCUUCCUUGGUUACAUUAGUAUUUCAGGAUCCAAGGAACAAACUGCCAUGGCUGUAUGUUAGAUUGUCACCAGUAGAACAGGUGCUCAUUCAGUCAAAACAGCUGAAUGAUUUCUGUCUUCAAGUAGGAAAAGAAAAACUAAAUAAAUAUAUAAAAAAGGCACUUAGGAAUGUGAGAGACAGAGAGAGGGAGAGAGAGAGAGAGAGAGAGAGAGCGAGAGAGAGAGAGAGAGCGAGAGAGAGAGAGAGAGAGAGAGCGUGUGAGUGAGUGAGAGAGUGAGAGAGAGAGAGAGUGUGUGAGUGAGUGAGAGAGUGAGAAAGGUUUGAGUUGGCAUGAACAAAUGCCAUCCUAGACAUAGUAAAUUGGCCCUUUAAGGCUACAUGCAAUGCCUAGAAUGCAUAACCAACUCCAGCCACCAUUUGUAACUCCUCUUGCUGUGGUUUCCAGCACGGGAAAGCUUCUUGUGCAUUAUGGUUGGGCUGAUGAGUGUUGUAGUAACAUGAACUCUUUCAUUUUAGUUUUUGUUUGUUUGUUUCCUGUUUUAUAUUAUUUUUCAUUUUAGUACUUUUUCAUUUUACCUCAGAUGGGUGCCACAUAAAAGUUAUCAAGGCAGAAACCAUAUCUGAAAGGUGAUUGUACAAGUCUGCUCAGCAUAUGUGAAAUAUACUCAAUUAUGUAUGGCAGAUUUGACAUUUGAAUAUAUAUAUAUAGAUAUUAUAGCAAGGUCAUGUAACUUGUUCAAUAUACUUGCUCAAUUCAGGCCUUGUAUGAUUAUUUUUUUUAUAUAUUGAGGGUAUGAAAUUGCAGAAUUAAUGAAAAAUUAUGAGUGAAUAAAUUUUAAGAUAUUGACUGUUCUCUUUACCACAAAUUUUACCUCCCAGAACUCAUUGGUAGUAAUGUGUAAAGUGUAAAAAUGGGGAAAAAUGAAUACCCAGAAAAAAAUGUGUGCUGAUAUUGAUAAACAUGUGUAAAGAUAUGAUGUGUUAGUAUAGUGUAAAGGUACUCAGUUUUCGAGCUGCUGAUAAACAGCUCGAAAAUGUGAUCCACCCUCCCCCUCCUCCCUCCUCCCCCAACCCCCAGAGGACAGUCUGAAUGGCAGCAGGUAAGAUAAGGACAGGGGACGGAUGAAGACUGUUGCUAGGUGUGAGGAUGGAGCAUCAUAGCAGGUUGUAGCACACAUUGGGUAAUGUUAUAGGGUUGCUUUGAGCCAUUUUGAGAUGGACACACAUGCCAAAAAAGAAAAAGGAAGAAAAGAAAAAGAGAGAAAAAGAAAAGGAGUUGAUUUUCUUUUCUAAAAAUUUUGUUCACGACAAGAAAUCAAAAAAGUUUGUGUUUGGGCAUCACUUUUCCUGUAUGAAUUUUGUGUUCCACAAAUGGGUUUCUCCAUUGCAAUGAAAACUAUAUAUUGUAUCCAUACCCACCAUCCUACCCAGUGUAUGCAAAACCACAUGCUGACAGAUACUCCAAAGGUGUACUUUUCUAUCUUUUUGCAGUCUUAUCUGGGCCAGUGCCUUUUGGAUGUGCAGACGAGUAAAAGAUUUGCCAUAGCGGAAAAUCUGAAAGGGUUUGUGAGAGAAGUGGUUUGUGUACCCGACAGGAUUCUUACAUGUUUGUACACAGGAUUGAUGGUUUUGUCUUUGAACUGAGACAUCAUUCCAUUCUUUAUUUUUUAUUAAUUUUUUUUAACUUAUGAUUUUUUUUCUUUUUUUUUCAAUGCAGUAAAUGCAAAUCAUGGGGUCACAUUCCUGUUGUAGACUGUGCAAUGUAAAUCUGAGCUUUUAAGUGAAGCCAAAGUGUGAAGAUUUUAGCUAGAAUUGAAGAUAUUUGCCCCUUUCCCUUAAACUUAGAUUUAUAAAUGAAAAGAGUAUGCAUCCCUGUAGAUGUAAAAAAAAAUAAAUAAAAAAAAAUGUAUAAAAAAAAUUAAAAAUCUGUUUCUAUGGUGCUCUCUCGUCAUCCAAAGUAACAGUAUGUAUCAUCUUAAAAUGAGAAAUCCGGAGGUCAUGAGACAGCUGACCAAUCUGUUCAUCUAAGUUCUUUCUACCUUACAAUUGGAUUCAGCCAGAGUGGCCACCGUACUGUUGCACUUUUGACAAGUGUUCAGUGUGACACAGUACUAAAGAGAGAAAAAGAGAAAAAAAAGUAUAAGAAAAAAACAGAGGCAUCAUGAAGAGGUAUAGAGGAAACAGCAUCUCUAAAUCCCUGCCACCAUAAUGUUACAUAAUUUCCCUCUCCUGAUCAUCAUAAAAUCAUCAUUUUGGUAAAUGCUGUGCUAUAUAUACUAUAUAUUCUCUUUUAUUUUUGCAAAUUGGCAGAUUUAGUUAGUUUUAAGCUUUGAAAAUAAAGGGAAAAAGUGCAAGAAAAAAUAUAUUAUGUUUUUUGGAAUUUGUUGAGUGUUAAAUUGCAAAUUUUUCAUGGGUCAAUGUUGAAUAUUGAUAAAACACAGCUGAGAAAGGAGAAAAACAAGAGAAAUACCUGUUAAGAUUGUUCUCAUCUAGAUAUUGUUACAUGUGAUUAUAAACAUAUACAUGUAUUGUUUAUUUGAAUAAGCUACCUUCAUGAUUGUUUUAUCUUUUUAUGAUAGAAAUACAUACAUCAUUAUAUUGUAUAUUAAUCAUUCUAUUAGUAAGAUGACAUGAAACAUGGCAUGAGGAUGGGAACAGGUCUAGGCAGUUUAUCCAUUCAUAUUCAGGAAAAAUUUGUUAGAUCGAUAAUUGAGUGUGAUUGAAUGAAGUGUUUUUAUGCUGAGUAUGAUCUCCAGGGUUAAAUGCGUUAUUGCUAUCUUUAUAAUGGUGGUGUAGAUGAGGAUUUAUUGUCGGAAAUAUACCACAUGUAAGAUAUUUUUAGUGCUGACCAAUGAUUGCCGCUGCCCUCUCUGUCUUGUAUGCUCUUUAUAUCAUUAGCUUAAACAGUCAUUUUAUACUUUAGAAAUAUCAAAGCCUUUGUAUUAUGAGUGUUAAUGGUAAGUUCUUUUUUAACUUAUGCAUCUUAUAGUGAGGCACAAUCUGUGCAUUUACUGGGACUCUUGUGAAUAUAUUGAACCUUUCCUAUUUAAUUUGUUUAUUUUACAAUACUCCCAUGGUAAUUUUGAAGAAAAUGUAUAUACUUUUCAUUAUUUGUAUAAGAAAUAUACAGAUCAAAAGGCAUUCAUUACUUUUAAUGGAGCUGAUAGCUGUCAGUUAUAAUAUGCACAUGAAUUUCAAUAAAGAAUUCAUCAGAA